AGCCUAAUACAUCAAACUCUGAACCGCCAGCCAGGCAGCCAUUACAGAAACCCUAACAAAACCCCUAAACAACUUCUAUACUGGACGCUUACAGGAGGUGGUAGGCUGAGCUUAGCUGAUAGGAGCUUUGAUUCUUUGGCGUUUUGUCUGUCUAAAAUUCCAACCUAAAGCUGAAAGCUAAGCAAUGGCGUACCAAGGCGGGAAUUUGAAGUCCACGUCGAUCAAUGGGGUUAAGAUGUACUCCGUCGCCGGUCAAAACCGUUCCGUAGCUACAUGGCUUCCACCUAAGAAGCUCAGAGCCCUUCGCAAAGACCCAAAUUAUUUGCAAAGACUGGAUAUAAUCCAAGAUUUGAGAUUUGAAACUGCUACAACUAGAAUUAAGGUGACUCCUGAUGGAGAGUAUCUCAUUGCCUCAGGCAUUUACCCGCCACAAGUUAAAGUAUAUGAGCUGCGUGAACUGUCAAUGAAGUUUGAAAGGCAUUUGAUCUCAGAGAUUGUUAAUUUUCAGGUCUUGAGUGAUGACUACUCAAAAAUUGCUUUUCUUUGCUCUGAUCGCUCUGUUCGCCUCCAUGCAAAAUAUGGAAGUCACUACAGUUUACGCAUUCCAAGGAUGGGAAGGGAUAUUGCAUAUGAUUGCUGGUCUUGUGACUUGCUAUGUGCUGCAUCAUCGCCAGAUUUGUACAGAAUAAAUUUAGAACAGGGACGCUUCCUUACCUCUUUAAGCACACAGUCCCCAGCACUAAAUGUUGUUUCUCGAAGUAAGAUCCAUGGACUAAUUGCUUGUGGAGGUGAUGAUGGUGCUGUAGAAUGCUUUGACUCGAGAGCAAGAUCUUCAGUUGGCAGGAUAAAUGCUGCUGCAGCUGCUGGUGAUCUUGACCAGGAGGUCACUGCAAUAGAGUUUGAUGGGGAUGGAGGUUACCUCACGGCAGUUGGAAGUAGUGAUGGAAAGGUUAUGAUUUAUGACCUGCGUUCUUCACAUCCAAUGCGUGUAAAGGAUCACAUGUAUGGAAGCCCAAUACUUAAUAUUAAGUGGCACAAGACACUUAACACUGAGCAACCAAAGUUAAUAACUGCUGACAGCCACAUUGUUAGGGUCUGGGACCCCAAUACAGGAGAAGGCAUGACAAGCAUUGAACCGACAGGUGGCAGAAUCAAUGAUAUAUGUGUGUUUAGUGGCACUGGCUUGAUGUUGGUAGCACUAGACUCCAGUCAAAUACCUUCUUAUUUCAUACCUGCACUAGGCCCAGCUCCUAAAUGGUGCUCUUACCUAGAAAACUUAACGGAAGAGAUGGAGGAGGGUGCACAAACAACUAUUUAUGAUGAUUUCAAGUUUUUGACAAAAGAAGAUCUUGAGAGGUUGAAUCUGACUCAUUUGAUAGGAACAAACCUCUUAAGAGCCUAUAUGCAUGGUUACUUUGUUGACUACCGCCUGUAUAAAAAGGCACAAGCUCUUGCAGAUCCAUUUAUCUAUGAUGCAUACAUAGAGAGACGGAAACAGGAGAAAUUAGAAAAAGAACGUGAAUCUCGUAUCACGAUCAAGAGGAAAUUGCCAAAAGUUAAUAGGGCCUUUGCAUCUCAACUUCUUGAGAAUGAAGAAGCUGAAAAUGAGAAGGAUGCUGAUGGUGCUGAUGCCGAUGGUGCUGAUGCUGAUGCCAAAAAAACAUCAAAGAAGAAGAAGAAGGGACCAACCAGCAGUGAAAUCUUUGAAGAUGAACGGUUCAAAGCAAUGUUUGAAAAUAAGGAUUAUGAAAUUGAUGAAUUUUCUCGAGAGUACCAAGCGUUUCACCCUAUGCCAUCUACAAAGCAAACUUCAUUGGUGGAGGAACAUUUUAUGCCUGUUUUUGAUGGUGAUGAGCCAAGUGAAUCUGAUGAAUCUGAAGCUAUGGAGUCAUCAGAAGACGAACAGGACAAGAACUCUAAAAAGAAAUCACGAGUUCCAAGAUUGUAUGCAGUGAAGGAUGAGAGGCAUGCUGAGGCAUUCUGGAAAAGUAAAUCACUUGCAGAGGAGGAUGCUCUUCCAUUGGAAGAGAGGGUAGCGGCACUGAAAAAUAAGCAGCAAAGUAAUGCUUUUGAUGAUGUCAAGGUGGGAGCAGGAGGAUCUCGCGAAAUUUCCUUCGUCACCAGAAGCUCAGCGAAGUACACGGAAGAUGACGAGGACAAAGAAGCGGAGCCUCAGAGGAGAAGAGGGGUCCAGUCAUUGAAACUGAAGCCUGAUGGAUCAGGAGGGUUCAGAGGCCGUGGCAGAGGAGGGAGAUUUGGAAUGAGAGGGGGAGGGCGAGGAGGCCGAGGAGGAGGAGGAGGCCGAGGAGGAAGGGGAGGCCGAGGAGGAGGAGGCCGAGGCCGAGGCCGUGGUCGUGGCCGGCAUUAAACCACAUAAUAUACCCAAGUCCACUUAACCAGUCACCAAUAUGUGGUUGCAAAUGGAUACACAGAUUUUAUUACACACCCAAGGCAGAUCAGUUGGCAAGAGAUUUAUGGUGUUUAUUCUUCACCACCCAUGUAGCCGCAAGUCUAAAUCAUCCACAAGGGAUUCUGAAGUUUCUAACUAGAACAUUGAAUAUUGAUCUUUCACAGUUUUAAGGGUGAAUUUUUCCUCCCCUUUCACCCUUAUUAUUAUUUUUUAAAGUUCAUUGAUAUUUGUUAUCCAAAAGAUACACCAAGACUAUAAAGUAUUUUCUGUAAUAUUUCAAGAAUAUCUAUGUAAAUAUAUUUUCUCUAUU